AUGGACCCACUUAAAAGUCUCAAGGAGGGUUUUAUUGAAAGCAAGGGCUGGCCUGUUUUUCCUGCAUAUAGAGUUUCAAAAGCGGCAAUAAAUGCAUAUACAAGGAUUCUAGCCAAGGAAUACCCCAACUUCCGCAUCAAUUCUGUCUGCCCCGGCUAUGUCAAGACAGAUAUAAACUUCAAUACCGGCAUCUUGUCCGUUGUAGAAGGUGCUGCAAGUGUUCUGAAGUCAGCAUUGCUGCCCAGUGAUGGCCCUUCUGGCCUCUUCUUUGUUCGGUCUGAAGUAUCAUGUGCAUGA